CUCACAGUUUCCCAGACUGUUACAGGUCGUGGGGUGAGUUAGACAACACACCAGAACUUACAUGUGUUUUUUUUUCUUUGUGAAGAAUUAAAAUGGUAUUUGAAGUUAAGCAUAACGGCAGUUUUGCUUUUUGUUAAAUUCACUAUGUAAUUGAUCUUUGCUGAGAUUACACUGGACCUUGUUAAAUAGUUUGUUAUUACCCCAAAUGUUAGACAAUCAAAACCGAAAAAGGUAAACUAGAUUGAAAACAUUUGAUUCCUUGAUCAACAACUAGCUCGAGAUGGAUGUGACUAUACUAAAAAUGGUGUUUGUAAUUAUACUAAAAGUAUGACUCACACUGAUGCUUUUUCCAGCAGAGAUAGUUUUACCUGCUACAGGCUAAAUACAGGGAACUUUUGAAUACCACUGAUGAAUGGUUUAGGUGAAUUAGCACACUCCUCAUUCAGACUAAUGCAUAAUUCAUCUGAUAGAUUGAGGAUGUGGCUUUGAAUAAAGACUGCUAAUGGGCUUUAAUAUCAUCCCCACAAGGUUCUGAUUUCAUACUGAUCAUAAAUGCAGCUUUUAAGUCCCUCAUUGUUCUGGGAAAAUGAUCAGUGAAGGAGUUGAAAUGUCAAUACUCAUGGGUCGUUCAGUAGGGAAAGACUAACCAUGCUGUAUACCAGAAUUUUUUUUCUGGAAAAUGUGAUUAUUUGAAAUGGCACAAUUAUACUGAUUUACUAAAUUCAUAGAUGUAAUCAGCCUCCUGUUACAAACAUCUUUUCAUGUGUUUGAGGGAGACAGGGUCUAUGUCUCUCGUGUCUCAUUCAAAUACAUUAAGGCCUGUGUCAGAGGAGCUUUUUUAUUCUGUCAAACAGACAUCCAAAUUCAAGCAUUUGUCUCACAUCGCCAGCAUUAAACAAUGAUUCCAGCAGAGAAACUUUUUUUCCUGAUAUUUCAAAAUAAGUGUCCUCUGAGUUAGCCAGUGUUUUUUUUUUCUUUUUUUUUUUGCAAACAAUGUUGUAUAUUUGAAAUUAGAGCACAAACUUUUGUGUUGCUGUCAUAGCUUGUCAAACAUAUUUUUUUUCUCUUGAGUUGAACAAGUUGUGAAAACAUGUAAUCACAUUUAAUUUUUUCACUUACAUAGGGAUAUAAAUGUGUUUUUUUCCCCUCAAAUAUUAAUCUUCCUUUCUCUGAUUGUUCUUUUAUCCAGACUUCACAGGUGUCAUUGAAAUAAGAUUUUUGAAUCAAAGAGUCUAUAAAUACAAAAAUGGUCAUAGCCCUGCUGUGGUCACUGUUAAUAGUUGAAACUGAUAGCUUUACAUAAAUCUUUUACAUUAAUUUUCAAUGGAUUUUUUUUUUUUUUUUAACCAAAAAUCAUCAUAUUUGCCUGAUGGGUUUUCAAAGUAAUUAACAGGACAGACCUAACAGAGUGUAGUUAUUGAGCAGAAUGAUGAUUCACCCUCAUAUAUGGUUAUUCAUGGUACACAGAUAUACUCAGCUAAUACAUUUUAGACCCUGCUAUUAUUUUGUUAGUAAAAUGACCUAAAUCUCUAUAUGAUGGCUGGAUUCUGUAGCUCAUAGAACAUAAUGAUGACUUUGUAUAUAUUUUGUCCAUGUUAUGGGCAUUUUAAUGGCCAAUUUAACAAAAACAGAAACCUCUUCAAAAUUAUUGACCACCACUCUAAACAUUUUAUCUAUAUUCUAUCAAGUCAGUUCUAAAUACUUCAUACUGCACCUCUUAAGAACCAAGGGUGUCUUUUUUCAGAGAGGAAAAGCUGCUUCAAGAAAGAGCUGCUCUGUUUUGAAAAUGAUUUCCCCUCCAGGUUUUAAGAAAGUCAUUAAAGACAACAAAGUGCAUAGCUGUGCAUUUAUUUAUUUUUUUAACACAUAAGGACAAACUUGUGAAACUUCAGAGGCAUUGUCACAGAUCUUCUCGAGGACAUAAUGCAGGAUUCCUACUCUACAGUAUCUUUGGUACAUUUUCUUAUAUUGACAACUUGCACACAUCUCUCCUUAAAACCUGCAUGAGUCCUAUGCUUCCCUGACAUGUAGCUUAAAUACACAGUGGCAGAAACAUGUUACAAUUCUUCAUUUAAACAGCACUAAAAACCUGCACCAACUCAAAACAAGAACUUUAUUUAUUCUUCCUAUACCUUUCUUUCCUUCAUGUUAAAUACAACCCACAUUUAAUAGACAGACAUGUUAACAAAAAUCCCCUAAAAUAGACAUUUAAAAUACCUUGGUGCUUCGUUGUAAUGAAAACACAAUAAAUACAUACAAACGUAAAGAGAAACCUGUAACAGACAAACUGUAACUGGAUGUAAAGAUCUGAUGGAAUGAAAACCAACCUUUAAAAGUUCAAGCUUUAAUGUAAUGUUUCAUGGAAGUGAAAUCAUCCCUUUUAUCAGGACAGAGCUUCUCUGUGUAAAAAAACAGGAUGAUAAAUGCAAAAAUGUAUCAUGUCCCUCAGGCUGUAGCCAUUCCAUCUUUUUCUAGGAAGUGACAAAGACACUUCUUAGGAACUUUUUUCCAGAUCUAAUUGCUCUUGGAAUAGUCUCACCAGUAUUCCUUGUUCAUGUCCUCUAAUGAGGUGUGACUCCGGUUUGGAAAUUCUAACUAAGUGAAAAAGUUUGCUCAUGGUACAAGGUUGCUACAUCCAAUAACUGAUUCAAUCUAAACUCAGUGUAUGACCUAAACUGUUUUUAUAGGAGUGCCGGAUGUGCUUUUGCUAUUGUCAAGGCUGGCCGGAGUGUGAGGAACUGCUACCAUACAGACAUCAGCGGGUGUGAUACAGCACUGGUAACACCUGCUUAUCGUAAUGCUAAAUUCCUGCGGGCACUGCAGUGCAACAAGUCAGAGCUGGAAUGUAAUAUCUGCUGCGACUGAGAGCUUAAAACUAAGAUGGCACAAACACGAGACUAUCGACUGCUGCAAUACAAUAAGCAGAAGGAUAAUUAGCAGAGGUCAGAGUUAAAGAGAGGUAAACUGAUCUCUUUACAAGACAACAAUUUGAAGUGUGUUAGUUUAAGCAAGACAAUAGUUAGUAUUUUCAUGCAUGUGUAUCUAGGACAGCAUAAGCAGUGGGUUUGCUUCAGGCAAUCAAUAUCAGCAGAACCAAACUGCUGACAAACUAAAUGCUUCACAGGCUCAUCCAGCGUCCAGGUCUUUGUCGAAGUGCUGUCUCACCCCCAUCUUGGUUGUCCUGCUCCUCAGGCAUCUCAGAGUCAUGAGGCUCUUCUUCCUUGGAAUCUGGAUCACCCCCCUCAGAGAUAUCUGGGACCACUGAGGGCUCCUUUGACGACAACUCCGCCGCUGAGCCAUUCCUCUCAGAUUCAGAUUCUGAAACCGCAGUCACAGAUCCAAUUGAUUGAGGAGCAUUGAGUUCUUUCUGUGAGUUCUCCUUCUCCAUGCGCUUCUUGGCCUCCUCUCUCCUCUGCCUGAUGCGGGUGCUGUCUCCCAUCAUGACCCGGACUCUGACUUGAUCUGGAGGCCAGAGCCCGCCCCAGAUGAACUGAAGGUAGCUGAACAGCACAAUGACACUGAGGAAGGCGAAAUUGGUGGCCACGCCAACCACUGCGGAUGUGAGGGGGAAGUUGUACAGAACAUAUCUUAUACCCGUGAAGUAAGCAUGGAUGCGGAGCUGGGCUGAGUAGAUCUGCACACGUUUCGACUGAACCUCAAUGACUGCUCCCACUGUGGGCAGAUAAGCAUUCGUCUUGUAGUCUGAGAAGAGCUCAACUUCUAUCAGCUGCUUCUGCUCGGUCAUUCCCGUCAGAAGAAAAGGCGAGAAGAGCAAAGUGGCCAUGGUCUGCAGGAGGCUGGAGCGGUAAUGUAGCAUAGUGGAUCUUCCAACAGAUGCAACAGGCUUCCCACCCUUGGUGUACGAAGACAUCUUGACCAUGAACAUACCCAGAUGUUCAUUCACUGGAGACUCUGGCAUCACUAGCUCCAAAGAUAUGCGAUAAGGCUGACCAUUAGCCAUCACCUGGUCCUUCUCAUUUUUCAUAAAAGAGAUGUUGGCCUUCGGAAACGAACACAGUCCUGACUCUGAGGCAUCACAAUCAGAGGUGUAGUAGAAGUGCACAGGGGUGGAGAAGCUCACCGUGGGCAUGUAGGAGUAAUAGAAGCUCCCAUAGAGGAAUAUAGACACCCAGAGUAGCAGAAGCAGAACACAGAACAGGAUGGCAGCCUGAAACAAGGUCCGCCGGGCCUUGAGGAGAGUGACAGCUGCCACAUCUUGCAUCCAGUGAAGAACUGGACCCAUCACGGCCCCCAUUGUGUCUGGUCCAGAGCGCACAGACCUGUCUCUGGUCCCGGUUUGAGCUGAUGUUUCUCCCUCGGACCCUGCUGACUGCUGCCUCUGCCGCGGCUCCUCUUUAUGCUCAGACAUGAGUGGGUGGUUCCCCUCUGAAACUGUGUAAUCGCUUAUUUUCGCCCUCCCAUGAUCUUAUUAACCAAAGACACACAAACACUGUGAGGAAGUACCUUAGAGCUAGCUUAUCCGGGAAAACAUGCCAGGUGCGUUAGUCGACAAUUCAGUUAUCUUUGAGAUCUCCUUGAACACAGGUGUUUCCUAAAACCUGCUUCAUGGAGGGUGUGAAGGCUUGGGAGCAGCUUAGCCUGCAUUCCAACAUGGAGCUUCUAUACAAAACAUGACCCAUGACCCGGAAGAUGAUGCUGUCUUCGUAUGAGCGUAAAGCAGUCAAGUAAAUGCUGCAUUCAAGUACAUCCCGAGCAGUUGGACACAGUCUGGGACCAUUGACAGAUAUAAGGUGACCAUAACAUUUAAAUUGAUUGAAGCACGAUAAAACGAGGCCUUGCAAAGACACACUUACUUAAAGUGUGUUUUGUACUUACGAAACAAGCUAGGACAAAAUAAUACUAUUUUUGUUUUUUUAUUUGUUUGAAUUUUUUUAAUUUAUUUUGGCAGCAGAUAUUGUGUUUUCAAUUCAACAACUAACUACGGUGGCUGAGAACCGCCACUGUAGCAAAUAUAAUAAGAAUGCAAAAAAGAGAAACUUACCAAUGCAAAAAAAAAGAAAAAGAAAAGUAACCGAAGCCCACUGCAAAUAAAAAAGAAAUGAUGCAGAUAAAAAAAACACAAUGCAAGUUAAUUAUACAAGAAAAGUGGUGAUGCAAAAAGUUAUUGUUUAAUCUCACUUCGUAAACUUUUCAAUGUGUCAUUUGGUUAAGCUAUGUAGCGCCUGAGUCGAUAUGAAGUUGAUCUAGAGGAUGCCUGUGUAGUGUUAGCUUCAGUUCAACUUCAUAUCCACUAAGGUGCUACAUGGUCAAACCAAAUGACACAUUGAAAAGCACAUAAAGCAGAAUAAACAAUAACCUUUCCACUUACUUCUUUGCUCGCCUUCUUGCUGUCGUCUUCUGUGUCUAGAUCGUAAAACACUGGUGCAUCAUCAUUAUUGGUCUCCGGCAGCUCACUUACAUUGUGGCUUUUUUUUUUGUUUGUAUCCUUUUAUUUUUGCACUAAGUACCUUUUUUUUCUUUUUUUUUGCAUCACCGCUUUUUUUGCGUCAUUUACUUCCGUUGUGGUUUUUUUAUCUGCACUGUUUCUCUUUUUUUUUAUUUACAGCAGGCUUCGGUUUCUUUUUUUUUUUUUUUUUUUUUUGCAUCAGUAACUUUUCGUAAGUACAAAACACAUUUUUAGUAAGUGUGUCUUUAUCAUGCUUCAAUCUUUUUUUUUUUUUUUUUUUUUUUUUGCGUCGUUAACAUCUAUUGUGGCUUCUUUUUUUGUAUUUGUUUUUUGUGCCGGUUCUCGGCCCUGUAACGAACAACUAAUAUAAGUCUUAAAUUCGACUGAGAAAGUAAACAAGAGCAAAUGUAGCAGGCUGCAUGCACUAAAAUUAUUAGGCUUUUUUGUGUGGAGAUAUUGGCGCUUCAUGUGGAGUUGGUAAUCGCUUGGAAGAUCCUGCCCUGCAUGUGUUAUGUCCCACGUUUUUUCUUUUGGCCCGUAGAAGCCGUCUGUCUGCAACUCCUUUUUCCCCGAUUAUUCAGACAGCACGUGAAUACAGCAGAGUUGCAACAACGACGACGGAGAAGAGAGCAGGCCGCUGCUGGGCCGCCGACACACACACCGAUCAUGGGGAAGAAAAGUCGCCUUCCAGGAGGAACAGUCGGUCGGAGAACAAUCCUUCAGCUUUCACCUCCCGGUCUUCGUAGUGGGAAUUCAGGGGAGAGGGAAGAAGCACUCUCGGGAUCUGAUGGUAUAUUUAAAAAUAAAACCUCUCAUUGCUUUGUUAGCGACAGGCUUGCUAAAUGCUAAGUGAGAUGUGAGGCAUAGGCCAUUCUAGUUAGCAGUAAAAAUCCUUUCACUUUCAACUUUUUUUAAUGUAGCUGAAUAAAUUGAUCGUGCCAAUAUGUAGAUUGUUUCUAGACUUUAUUUAACAGUGCACACAGUCAUUAGUUCUUAUAAAACAGUGUCUCUUGUAGUUGGUCUAAAAGACGCUAGCGUGCUAAGUUAGCAUUUGUAAUGCUGCCAGAAAAGGUGUAUGACUAAUAACUAAAUAGUCUAGCUGAAAUGAACAUACCAAACUUUUCUUAACGAGUACUUUUAGUUAUUUUGAACAUUUUUAGUCGAAGGAAGAGAGUGUUGUGGUUGCAAUAACCUCUGCUUCAGUGGUGAGUGUCGGUCAGUCAGUGAAUGUUUGUUGCCUCGCUGUUGGAGCUCACCCGAACUCUCUGUUUGUUUAUUGAUAGAUGAUCAAGAGGUUGAUGGACAAAGAUUCGUGAGGGAUACUCGCACCAACAUGAAGCACCCCACAGUGAAGGCCACAGGUAAUUUUCUCUCCCCCUCUCUCUCUUUCUGUGUAUGUGUGUGUGUGUGUGUGUGUGUGUGUGUGUGUGUGUGUGUGUGUGUGUGUGUGUGUGUGUGUGUGUGUGUGUGUUUGUUUGUGUGUGUGUGAUAUUAUUGGAGAUCUUUGUGUGUCAAGGGCAUAAGAAAAAUAAACUGACCACAGGGUUUGAACACAUUUCAUGUCCUCUUGCAGAGGGCUUGUCUUUGCUUGGGGCCUAUGAGGACAGUGAUGAAGAAGAUGCUGGAGACUCUCAGCGUUCAGCUGCAAACUCUCAACACAACCAGUCAGCAGACAUCGACAGUACACUGGCCAAUUUUAUGGCUGUAAGUAUAAUAUGCAGCAUGUUUCUAUAGUCAUGCAUCCAUGCAGAGCAUCUACUAAGUGCAUUUACUGCAAUAAUAAUGAUGAUAAUGAUGGUGAUAACAGAAGUCCAGAUUUAUAUGCAGAGAUAAAGAGUUUAUCAUGUGAUAUGCUUACUUAAUUUCCUUUUCACUAUGACCCAUAAUACCUCACAUGAUCAUCCAAUCGAUGACCCAGCACAGCAGCCUCAUAUCACCCUCUAGUUGUGCAUUUUUAUCGAGUUUCUAUACAAACUAGUUAAAUAAAUAAUAUUAAAUAAGACAGAUCAAACACACUAAUUUGGCUUCUGAAACAUCAUUCUCCCAAAAGUGAUGUCUCUGGAGGCUGUGAUUCAUUCUGUAGAUUGAAAUCAAGUUUUCAUCAAAAUGUAUGACCACCUUUUGCCAUUCUUCCCAUUACAGGAAAUUGAUGCAAUAACCACUCAGCCAAGUUCAGAUGAACCAGCUUCUCAUCCUUCAGUCCCAGCUACCAACUCACCAAGACCUGAAGCUGAUGCUCAGCAGCCAGCUGCCAGUGUGAACCAGAAUCAACAAAACACAGAUUUUGAGUUCAACACCCAGUACUCACUCGCUGGAGGUAAAAUAAGCUAAAAAGAACUUUUUUGAACCCUGAAGGGAAAUUCUAUAUUGAUUUAUUGUUAUUUAGUAUUUAAUAUGAAUUCAAUUAAAAGUCCAUGGUGUUUUUUUUUUUUCUUCUAAACUUUUUUUUGGGCAUUUUUGCCUUUAAUGACAGGACAGUAGAGAGAUUAGAAAUGUGUGUGAGAGAGAGGGGAUGACAUAUAACACAUGGUCGGGGUCAGCCUCGAACCCGUGACUGUGGUGCGCUAACCCCCUAGGCUAUCUGUGAACACCAGUCUAUGGUGUUUUUCAGUAGGAAAAGAGAACAUCCUGACAAUUGACUCCUUUUAAGUCCCUAAUAUAUAGUCUCUCCAUGGGAAAUACAGUCCUCAUAGUUGCUUGGAGAUGCAGUCCAGUUCUUUUGUAGCACAGCUGCUGACUUUGUUGAAAAAGUAUUGCUUGUAUUGCUGCUUGUACAAUGAUUCAAAUCAGUGACACCAAAACUACCUGCCAUGUGCUAUGAAUUUGAUUUUUUUUUUACUUUCAAGGUAGCUAUAGCUUGAUAAAUUUAUUAAUGAUCAGUCCUGAAUUCAUAAGGUAAUAUAUUUGUGUGUGCCACAAUGUUUUACAUGUGGUUUCAAGUGUUUUUGAGCGCCUAUGCUUUUCUUGCAGUUGAUGUAGAGAUGGGAGACUGGCAGGAGGUUUGGGAUGACAACUCUGGCUGCUACUAUUACUGGAACACUCUGACCAACGAGGUGUCGUGGGAGCUGCCGCACUAUCUAGCUGAUCAAGUUCAAAGCCUCGGGUCGUAUGCCAACAGGUAGGAGGAUCUGACGGAGAGAGAAGCAUCGAUCUAUAAAGACAGAAAGAAAAAAACCUAAAUAUACAAGUAUGUUGUUUCCAGCAAAGAAAUUCAGCUGUGUGACGUGUGUUUUAAUUUUCUGUUUGUAGCUCUGGUGUCAAUGGAAACGGCACAGCACAUACAGGUCACCAUAGUGAGGAAAACUCUGCACCUGCUGCAUCCUUGAUAUCAGCUAAAGAGACCCCAGCUAAGGCAAUUUCCUUUUAAGACCAAUAUGAAUGUAGAUAGAAUUUGUUUCAUGGUGUUUUACAAGUUCUUGUUUUUAACUCAAAUGCAUCACAUGUUUGUUUGUUGAAAAGGAGGUGAUCGAGAGUGUUGUAGGUCUCACAAGUGAAGAGGAGGAGCGCCGAGGAGUAGCUGCAUCUCUGCUAGGUCCUCUGAUCCCAUCUGAAGUAAAAGAAGCCGAGGAAAAAUGGAGAAAAAGACUGAUCAAAGGUCUGGAUGAGACUGAGAACAGUUUGGAUUCUGAUGGAGAAGUUGUUCGCCCUGUAGGAUCCCCCUCCAUCCCUUUACUGGACCCAGACUCAGCUGUUACAGCCUCAAAAGAUCUUGGCACCAAAAAGCAGUCGAGAGAUAAUUCAGAUGCUGAGGAGGAGACAGAAGAAGACACAGUGGAGCUGGAACUGGCCCUGGAGCGAAAAAAGGUGAGGUUUUCAUAUGUUCAAUGUUUUGAUUUAGUUCCUGUUGUAAAAGUUCAUGCUGGUGUAAAACAGUUGUUUGUUAAUUCAGUGGCAAAUGUGACCAAGCGUGUGACCAUGUGUUGUCCAACUCUUAGGCUGAACUCCGGGCGCUGGAAGAGGGUGAUGGAAGUGCAGGAGGUUCUAGUCCUUGUUCUGAGACAAGUCAAGAUGCCUCUGGUGCUCGAGGAGCUCCGCUGAAGAAAAACCGGUGGAAAACUGCCUUCCUGAGUGCUGCCAGUCCAGACUCUAACAGUAGGGGCUCAGACCUGCAGGACAGCAUAGAAACAGGUGAGUUAUGACCAGCAAUACAUGUAAAUACAUUAAAAAUUUUGGUUUGAGUAUUAUAGUCAUACAUUUUAAUGCCUGUGUUGUUCUGUAGCUGUUUCAAAAGUCCUGGAUAGUGUUGCAGAAGUAGAAGACAAGGAAACGGACGAUGCAGAGGAGAAAUCGGGUUCUAAACUUUCAACAGAGGAGCUGGAAACAUCUGAGCUCAAAGUGGAAACACCUGAGCUCAAGGUAAAAACUGAUCAGGAACUUACUCUGCUCUUGGUGAUAAUUGCUUUUCAAACAUAUUUCUCACGCUUAAAAAAAAAUGUAGUUCCAGAUUGGGGAGCUGGCUAACACCUUAACCAGCAAGAUGGAGUUCCUGGGGAUAAACAAGAAGGCAAUCUCAAACUUUCAGCUGCUUCUGCUGCAAACUGAGGUAAGAGGAUAAUGGUUGAGUCACUGAAACCAUUUUUACAUAGGAACAGUUCCCAGUAGAAUCACUAAAAUAUUCAACACUUCAUUUUCUUUCGUAUCAUCUACCACAUAGCUAUGUGGUAGUAUUUAAUAUUUAAAACUCUCAUGAUCAUCUAUCAGAAGGUGUCAUUCUGGAGACUUACUGUAAUUACUCUUUCGUGUUACUCAUCUAUCUUGUGAAACUUGUCUGUUUUUUUUUCUUUACCUCUACUUUCUGGACUUUUAUCUCACUCAUUUGCCCCCUCUCUUUUCUUCCUUCUUCUCUAGACUCGGAUUGCUGACUGGAGGGAAGGUGCUCUCAACGGGGUCUAUCUACGCCGCAGGCUACAGGAAGCUGCCGAACACAUAAAAUAUUACGAACUUAACGCCGCCCCUAAAGGCUGGUCCUGCCACUGGGACAGGUACGCGCUCCUUUACCUUUCACAUCUCUAAAUUCCCUCGUACCCCACAAAAAAAAAUCUUGCCAUGUGACUACAACCCCCUCCAGUGCCGAGGGUGCAGACUUUGUUACAUGACUUGGGGAGAAGCUUAACCAGUCCGAGAGGAUUAAAACACUUACCAGAAACAGACUCACCAGGUUUCUAUGAUGCGAUCCUGGCACUCUGCCUUGAACGUGCUGGUGAUGGAGCAUCCACUCUGGGCCAGCCUGCUUCCUGUUAAGUAAACCUGCCUGCCCCUGUUACACAGACUCUUAAGCUCUUUGCUGGGAGGGCCUUUGUAGACUGAGUAUGGGUCCAGUCAGUGGAUAAAUGGGGAGGGGGGGACUAGAAAGGUUGGUUGCGUGGGAGAGCUUUGCACUUUUCAGGUCUUCCGCCCAAGAAUGCAAUGCAGACAGAGUGAUGCCUUGGAAGCACGGAGUGUCACGCAUCAAAUAAACUGUGAAGAUGGAGCAAUGACGGGAAUCCGGCAGGUCAGACCUACUCUAUUUCAUAUGUCUUCCUGUUUUUUAUUUUCUUCUUUCUAAUGUAAAUCAAGUUGACUGUGUGGAUGUUAUUUUCUGAACUAUGAUGGUUGAUUAUGAUCAUGAUGAUAAUGAUGUUUCCUCCCUGGCGUCUUCCUGUGUCCGGGAGGGAAUGGUUGUCAAAAAAACAACAACAACAACAAAAAAAGAACAGAAAAAAUAUGACAACCAUGGUGUGAUCUGCUGAAUGCUACUUUCAGGACCUAAAGCUGAUCUAUUUUGCUUUCUUUGUUAUUGAGAGCAAGGUGGGUUCCCUGUCCACUCCCUGAACUCCACUCUAAUCAGGCCCUACUUAUGGACGGCUACAUUCACUGUCCAUACCAACACCCCCAACCCCCUGCUGUGGCUAUUAUGACCACUCCCAUGCCCCACUGUUUCAGGGUUUCAUGUGGAGCAUCCAGUUGCUGGGUCAGCCUUUGAGACUCUGUCUUUCUAUCUCUGUUGUUCCACUCUUUAGAGAGCACAGGCGGUAUUUCUAUGUGAACGACCGGACUAAUGCCUCGCAGUGGGACUACCCAGCAGAGGAGGACAAGAGCGAUGAUCCGAAGGGAGUCCAGACAUCAAACCAAGGGGAAGCCAAAACGUCCUCGGCAGCAGCUGAUGGAACCACAGGUUUGUUUAAUGUCCUAUUGCUCCACACCAAUGUCUUCUGUAAUUAGUUAACACGUAUCGAUCUUCCUGAACAGGGAUAUUUCGGGUCAUUAACCCCCACACUGUAGACUACACACUAUAAAUAUAAACAGGUCCUUUUACAAACUGCUCAGGAUGAAAAUAGUCAGUGAAAUGUAAUAACAAUUACACUUGUAUUCUCACUACCAUAAUUUUUUUUUCAAACAGGAACUUCUAGUCACACCCCUCCUGCCCCACCUGCUCCUCCACUGCCUAGCUCUUCAUCCUUCUGGUCCCCAUCUCAGCCUCCUCUUCCUGACAGCCCACCUCCGCCCUCCCACUAUCCACCACCUCCACCUCUUCCCCCAGGAUCCCCACCUCCACCCCCUCCCCCACCAGACAGCGAUGGGGAGAUCAUGGAGGUGGAGAUGGAUGUGGAUGAUGACAAUGACGGGGAGCCUCCAGCCCCUGGCACAGAGGAGGAUGGCAGUGGGAGGCCUCCUUUACCUCCGGGCACUGCCGGCACAAAGGUAGGAUUUUCUUCAUUGAUAUUAAAGCUGUAAAAGUUUUACCCUUAAGGGCUUUUUGUGUGAAUUCAGAAAAGAAGACUCAGGCUAGUAACUUUUAUUUUAUUGUCUCUUACACAGAUUGUGGAGUUGACAAGUUCCUCGGGGAAGGGUCAGAAACGUAAAGCCAGUCAGCUGAGUAAAUCCAUCACCAUUGGAAGCAACCCAAUUCUCUAUACGCAGCCUGCUGUCAGUGCAAGUAAGAGACAUUUCUGAAUAUGAAGUUAUGCUGGAAUAUUGUUUAAUGUAUGUUAACAGCAAUAUUACUCAUCCUCCUCAAUAAGAAGUGUAGAGCUCACAUAUUACCCAAACAACACCCCAAACCAAGCAGUAACAAUAAUUUUCAAGGUGUUUAUGAAGAUUUUCUCUUUUUCUCCAGCUCCCCUUAUUUCAGCCACUGCCUACUGGGGUGUGCCAGCUGUAACUGCCCCCUUGGUCCCUUGUGAACCCCCUGCCCCACCUUUACCAGCCCUGCCUCCUCAACCACCACUGCCUCCACCACAGCCGCCUUGUGAGCCUUUGGGAGCCAAAGCUCCACCCACAGACAAGACAAAGAAAGUCAAGAAAGAUAAGGUGAGUGUGGGAGGUAACAUUGUUUAACUCCAGCAAUGUUUUGAAAUAGUCUCUUUCCAGCAUACACCUUUGAAAUCAUUUCCUUUGCCUGAAAUUGUCAACAGUUUUUGCAUCUGGCUUGCCUAAAUGCAACAUUUAAUAGGACCUGCAUUGUACCUGUCUCCCUUUGUGUCUUUGCAGUCAAAGAAGAGUAAGAUCAAAAUGCCAUCUUUGGUGAAGAAGUGGCAGAGCAUCCAGAAGGAGCUGGAUGAAGAAGAGAAGAGCAGCUCAAGCGAUGAUGACAGGGAUCUCCUCAAUAAGAAGAGUAUUGAGGACUGGAAGCAACAGCAGUUAGUGACGUAUGUUCAGUUAGAAAUGUUAUCAUCAUUUGUUCUAAGUUUUUAAAAUGUUUUUCAGUCUUGAUAGGUUUUAUGUAAUUCUCAUCUUAUGUUUACAGGGGGAAAGCUUCAAAAAAUGCGAAUUUUGAGGCACUUCCCGAUGACUGGCGGGAUCGACUGAAAAGACGGAAAAUGACAAAUACCACGUAACAUUCGGCCCGGGUCAUCCAUUUCCCAAAGUUUUUAUAAUCCACUCCAGUCAUUACCAUCCAUCUCCAGCUUUGGUUUCCUUAAAGGUUCUAGUGACUGAAUUUUCUGUGUUCACGAAUUACAUAUUGGGACAACCUUUUGUGACAGGCUCUUCACCUGAAAGUUCUGAAUGUCCUUCCCUGUUUUUUUUUUUUUUUUGUGAUCAGUAUUGGAAGUGUGCCAAAUGUCUCCAGUCUGUCAAAAAAUACUGUAAAAACCUUGGAUAGUUGACCACCACUAUUUGUUUGGAGGGAUGUCUAUUUUAUUGAGCAUUUUUACAACUGUGUACAUAAAACGGCUGUUGAGAUAUACCAUGUUUUUUUUUUCAAAGAGGAGGGAACAUCAUUGACUUGUAUAUUUUGUAAAGUUAUUAAACAGUUUUUCAAAGUUCUGUCGUCAUUAUUAUUUUACAUGUUUCCUGGUGUAGUAAGAAUGUUUAAAUGAGUAACUCAAAAACAUUUUUACCAGUUUUUUUUAAUGAUUUAUUGAAGGUUAUUACACUGUCAUCCAGACUAAAUAUAAUAGAACAAAGAUAUUGCCUAACCUUUAAGAUAACUUUUAGACCCCCAAACCACUUUUUUCAUUCAACACUCCCAACUGAGGUAUAAGGAG